GUGGACUCGUUUAGCGGAAGUGCGUUGUUCGGCUAACAGUCGUAAAUUCAAACACUUGUGAAGGCGUGUGACAUUGUGAUGUGACAGGCAUUUUGAAUCAGCCCAAACUACUUAGCGAAGGUUUUAGGAACAGUUUUACGAUUCUACCGCGUUAGUAUAGAUGGAGAAGUAUUCGGGAUUAUAUAAGGAGCCGACCGAUGGCACGAAACAGCAGGAAAGACACUAUUAUCUCCUGUCCGAGCUUCAAAUACUGGUCAAAGACUUGCCAAGCUGGUUUCAGCAGCGCUUGUCGUACACAACGCUGAGUGAUUUGGCCCAAGCCCUCAUAGAUGGCACUGUGUACGAGAUUGUUCAGGGUCUACUGGACAUCCAGCACCUGACUGAGAAAAACCUGUACAACCAGAGGCAGAAAUUACAUACUGAGCACAGAGUUCUCAAGCAUGAGCUGAUACGUAAACAGAAAGUGGCUCUGCAGACCUGCAAAUCACAUAAUCUAACUGUACUAAAGGCAAGUCAGCGUGCAGAAACAGAGGGUCUGGAGCAGCGUGUGAAAGAUGAGCAACGAAUGAUGGAUGAAAAGAUUGUGGCAGAGAUGGAUCAGAAGGUCCUGGAUCAACAGAACACACUUGAAAAAGCUGGAGUUCCUGGUUUCUACAUCACCACCGUUCCACAGGAAGUGACAAUGCAGAUGAAUUUACUGGAGUUGAUCCUGAAGUUACAACAAAAAGAAUCUCAGUCGGGAAUACUGCUUUGAGGGACAUAAAGCCUAUUUGGUUCAUGAUUCGUUUGUCUAUUAUUAUCUGUGUAUUAGGUAGGAAUUAUCACCCAGUUUGGUCAUGAAAGUUGUUCAGGGUCUGAAGGUAUAGAGUGCUUGGUAGUAAAUGUUUCUAAUUUACCAAGGAAGAAUUUGAUACAUCUUUACCUAUUUAUUGUACACCAGAAGCUCUUGACUAUUAUAGUCUACAGUACUGCCAUAUUGAAGCAAUAUUAAUCAUCAGUGAGACAAGAUGUUUUUUGUUGAGACUGCAUGUCAGCAUGUGGGGAAAAUAAAAAAAAAAAUCAUGGAGCUUAGCAUCUCUAUGAGGUGUAGUGCUUUUUAAUUAGUAGCACAUCAAUCUUAAUCAGAAUGAUGAUAAAAAAAACUAUUUGUAACAACAUAAUCUGUAAUCAGGAAUAGAUAAUACUGUUUAAAAUUUCAUAUUUAGUUAAUCCCCAGAGGUGGGUGAAUAUAAACCCUUCAUAAUUUCAGUCAAAGUAAGGGAAAAUUCCCUUGCUUAAUAAAUUGAGCAUAUAAGACACAUAAUUAAAGAUUAUUAUCCUUAAUGAAAGCUUAACUAUUUACUUCAGAAUUAGACAGAAAGGUAACAGUCUUAAGCAGUAUUUUAAAGACUUUUUUUUGUUAGUUGAAAAAAUAAGUGUGCCCAGAAAGUGAAAAUUGCGAUCAUGUGCAUGCCUCAGUGCUGACAAUAUGUGAAUUUAUUAAUUACAUUUCAUGUAAAGUUUAAUUUGUUUUACAGUUUAUUGUAUUACAUAUGGGUGCCCUUCUGCCCCUUGUGGUUUUACACUACAUAGAGAGGACGUCAUUUUGGUAAAAUUUCCAUGGGCCCUCCAUCUCGGGAAUUUUGGAAAUAUUCCAAGUUGGAAACUUAACAGGAAUUUAUGGGAAUUAAUGGGAAUUUAUUUGAAUAAUUUAGAUAUUUGGGAAAAUUUAUAUAAACUGUAUAUACAAACAUAAGUAUAAACAUUUAAUUUGAUCAUAAGCUGACAUGCAAGCAAACUAAUGCAUGAAUGAGAUUUCUGACUUUGAUUUUAUUGUAAGUUCAAAUCAAUUCUUUCAUUGAACAACACAAAAGCAUAAAUGUUGAAUGUAAAAAAAAAUUUCCUUAUGUCCCUUCCAAAAAAAAGUUCCAUUCAAAAUUGAAUCUUUGGGUUCAAAUGCAGAACUGUAGCUUCAAUUUUCUUGUGAUAGUCAGAGCUUGGAAAAUGGAAUUCCCCUCUUAAGUGACUGAGGGGGAUUGUGUGUGGGGGAGAGAUGGUCUAUCUAUAUUAAAAAGACAGUUUUUUUUUUUUUUUUUUUUUUUUUAAUUAUCUCACAAAAAUAUUUGCUAAGUCAGUAUAUUUGUUUUUACAAUGGUAAAAUUGUAAAUUGUUUUAACUAUAAAUUUAUGUAAUUUACAUGACUACUUACAAAGAUGGAACUUUUUUAAAAUUAUUUUGUGUGCAAGAUUCAAGAAAUGACCAGUGCAUGUUAUGGAGGAAUGCAAAGUGCAUGUAGAGGUGUGGCCUCAAUAGCCCUGCAGUGCUGUGUGCAUGUGAUUGAGGAAUAUACAGGGUAGAAAUUCAACAGAAAUUGCAUUAAAUCUGGUAACCAAGGUUAUGCUGCAAGAUAUUUUUUUUCAACUAUAUUUAAGUCCCCAGUUAUAGGCUAACCUGCAAUUUUGCAAAUUCCCAGUUUAUUCCCAUGAAUUCCUGUUAAUUCCCAUUUAAAGUUUCCAGCCUUGAAAAUUCACAAUUUUGCAACCCUAUUUCUGUGUGUGGCAAAUUUGACCAUUGCUAACUAAGAAGGUUUUUGAGGAACUGAGAGUAGCUCUUGAAUUUCAUUCAUAUGAUAUAUGGGCUUGUCUUCAACCUCUUGAGGCCCAUACAGCAGCAUAUGUAUAGCACAAUUUUUCCCCCUUCUCAAUCUGAAAGCACUUAGUAAUGGCUGCUACUUCUUAGAUCUGUGUGAAGGAUGAUUUAGGAAGCUGUACAGAUAGAACAGAAUACAAACACUAUAGAGUGACAAACCUGGUCACCUGGGUCAUUCCCCCUGAGUAAAAAGAAAGCCUUGGAUCUUGUGUCAUGUUUCACAUUGCACAUACAAUACAAUUAUACGGCUAUUUAUAAUCAGUGGGCAUUUUAAAUUUGUUGCCAGGUGUUUGUUUAUAUCCAGCUUCCACAAAUUUUUAGUGUCAUGUUUUCCCCCCUCACUAUGGUGCUCACUUUUGUGUUGAUCAGUUUCUGAUUGAGUGUCUUUUGCUAAGCAUCUAGCCAUUUUUAUAUUUUAUAUUUUGUGUGUGCUGUAUCUUGUGACUGACUAACAGUGGUUGGCAGUAAUAAAGUAAAUGAAAUUAGUUACUGUACUUAAGUAUCUUUUUCCAGUAUCUGUACUUUAGUAAAGUAUAAUUUUUUUUUUUUUUUUUUUUAGACUUUUUGCUUUUACUCCACUACAUUUUGAAGUAACAUAUUUUUACUACAUUGUGCCACAUCUCUU